AUGAGACGACGCUUCACUGCGCUGAAUGUGGAAAACAUUUCACCCGUAACACAUAUCUCGUUGAACAUCAGAGGAUACACACCGGCGAGAAACCGUACUCUUGUUCUGAGUGUGGUAAGUUUUUUUGCCCAAAGCUCCUAUGUUAUGUCACACCAGAAGAACCACAUAGGGGAUAAGCCAUUCUCUUGUUCAGAAUGUGGGAAGUGUUUUACCUGCAGCUCACGCCUUGUGACAUAUCAGAGGAUGCACAUCGGAGAGAAGCCAUUCUCAUGUUCUGAAUGUGGGAAAAGUUUUAUAGUUAAAUCGAGGCUUCUUUGCCAUCAGAUGAUUCAUACAGGAGAAAAGCCAUUUCCGUGUUCUGAAUGUGGGAAAUAUUUUACUGAUACGCCAAGUCUCAUUAAGCAUCAGAGGACUCACACAGGAGAAAGACCAUUCCCAUGUUUUCAUUGUGGAAGUGUUUUACUGAUAAGUCAAGUCUUGUUGCUCACCAAGUGUUACAUACAGGAGAGAAGCUAUUCUCGUGUUCUGUGUGUGGGAAACAUUUUAGUCACAAGUCAAGCCUCUUUUACCACCAGAGGAUACACACAGAAGAAAACCCAUAAUCAUGUACUGAAUGUGAAAAAUGUUUUAACCAUAAAUCCUGUCUUGUUACAUAUGAGAUGA